AUGGCAGUAUCUGUGCAGGUGUGUGGAAGCAAUCACUGUUCUGAACCUCAAAUAUGUUUUCCGAAAUUUGAUGUUUGUUCGGAAGCCAAAGACGCCCUUCAGGUUCACAUGGAUAAAUCACGAACAGGUGGAGAAAAUCCGUCCUCUGUUGUCCCAUUGCUCGUCUUCAGCGAUGAAACAAGUGGGAACACUACGAAGAAGUGGAAUCGGUUGGAGAGUUUCUCUAUGAGCAUGGCAGGCCUUACACGCAAGGAAUUCCGUAAAAUGGAGAAUAUUCAUUUUCUAAGCACUUCCAAUAUUGUUCCAUCAGUUGCACUUGGGAAAUCUAUUGCCCGUGACCUAGAAGAACUAGAAUGUGGUAAAAUGAUGUACGACGCUUUCGUCGAUAGAGAAAUUCUGGUGAAGUGCCCAGUAUUGUGCGUACUGGCGGAUAAUCCACGCGCAUCAGAGUUCGAACAUCACUUGGGUAGCUGCGCAAACAAGUUUUGUAGAAAGUGUAAUGCGACAGCGAAUAAUGCAACGGGCAUACAAGAAAUACGAACAGAUCAAUACGUUCAAGAAAAGAUUCAGGAAAUACAGAAUUGUCCAUCCGAAAAUCAGAAAAAAGACAAAAGAAGUGAGUAUGGAGUAACGGAAAAGGGAGGAGCGUUCGAUAUCCUGAAGAGCUUUCGUGGAAAUAACAAAACCCCUAUUGAAAUAUUACAUACCAUACUUCUUGGACCUGUUAAGUAUAUGCUGUCCGAUACGAUGAAAUCCUUAUCCCAGGGAAGGAAGGAGCAGCUGCAUGCAAAGAUACAAGCACUUGACAUGAGCGCAUUUCCAGCCACAAUACGAGGGAACAUCACGAGGAACUAUGGUUCGUAUGUUGGAAGAGACUUCAAGUUGUGGAUGCAGGUUGCUGUAUUUAUCCUGGAAGAUAUCAUCCCUCAUGAACAACUCUUUGUCUGGGAAUUGUUGAGUGAGAUAUUUGCAUUGGCAUAUUCAAGUGGGUUCGACAAAAGAAAUUCAGAAGGGGCAAAGCAGUUGUUCAAGACAUUUGUAGAUGCAGUGACAAGAAUUUACCCAGAGUUUUUGAAAAAAGCAAAACUCCAUCUUCUUCUUCAUCUUGUUGAUGAUAUUGAAAAUCUGGGGCCUGCAAAUGGAUUCUCAACUGAAAGGUAA